CAUCCACAUGACAUCAUGAAGGCCCCGUGUGACUUCCGAACACCCUGUAAUCAUCCUGGUUUCUUAGUAGAGAUGCAGAUGUUGGCACUAAAUGACCGACUACAUCUACAACCUGACGCAACCUCUGGCGUCAUAGCAACACAAGAUCACCUCCUUCAGUGGUGUGUCCUCCAUCAGCACCUCACUGAUGCUGCAAGGCGUGGAUCCCCAUGUGACGCUGGAGGAGGAAGGAGGGAGGAGGGUGCACUAAAAGAGUUGUCUCACUCUUCAUCACUCCCAGAGGUCACACACACACACACACACACACACACGCAGUACAGCGCCUCAGUAACACAGCUCGUAGCCAGUUGGGGAGGUUUUGAUUUGAGUGGUGGACGGAUCUCCGCAAACAAGCUGCACACCAAUCACCGUAGCUCGGCCAUGGGAGCAGAGAGCUCAGCGCAGCGGGACGCGGGCAGCGUGGAAGAGGAUGCUUCGGCCUCAGUGGCAGCCACAGCCGGGGAGGUGGGCGCGGAGGUGAUGGCGUCCCAGAAAGAAGGAGGAGCAGGCGUCCUCGAUAACAAGCCCCUGCAGAAGAAUGGACAAAUCUCCAGUCUGACAAGUUUGAAUGGACACUCGGAGGACGACACACUGGCAGAAGUUGGCCAGCCUGAUGGCGUGGCCGUGGCUCAGAAGGAGGACACUCCAGAGACCGUGGACACCGUCACAGACGAGCAGGCCCCUCAAGUGAACGGCGAGAAAGUGGAGAAGGAGUCUCCCGAUGCUAAUGACAUCACUCCCGUGGAAGAGAAAGCGGUGGAGGAAAAAGCCAACGAGAACGGCGAGGUGGGGUUCAAGAAGAUCUUCCGCUUUGUGGGGUUCAAGUUCACCCUGAAGAAGGACAAGAGCGAGGAGAAAGACCCAGUGAAGCUGCUGACGGUGAGAGAUAAGGACGGAGAUGAGGUCAAUGGGAUUGAUGAACCUUCGAAGGAGGCCGCUGAAGCUCCAGAGGGCAACAAAGAGGUGCCGACCGAUGAGGCUGAAGUCACCAAAGAUACAGACACUGAAACUCCCAAUGGUCCCGUCGAGGCUGCUGAAACGACAGAUGAAGCAGUCAAAGAAGAAGAAGGUGAGGCCAGUCCACCUGCCCAGGAGGCCACCGUGUCCCCCUUCAGGAAGCUCUUCAGUACGGGCCUCUUCUCUAACCUGCGAAAGAAGUCCAGCAUCAAGAAGACAAAAGAGGAAGAAGAUAAGGAGGUAACUGGGGAGGAGGAAGCUUCUAAGACCGAGGAAACCACUGCUGAAGAUAAAGGAGAAGCGGAGCAAGAGACCAACGAGGAAGCACCAACCAUUCCAGAGGGUGAAGAGUCCCCAGCAACAACUGAAGAAGCUAAACCAGAACCUGACGUCACCGCCGAAAGCCCUUCCGCCUCUUCUGAUGAGACAAAACCAGAUGAGGAGAAAGCUGAAGACCAGGAGAAAGCUCCAACAGAGGUAACCUCCGAUUCUGAGCUUCAGACUUCACAGGAGAAGGUGAAGCCCCAAGGAAGCCCACUGAAAAAGCUUUUCACCGGCGCUGGCUUGAAGAAGCUCUCCAAGAAACAGAAAAGCAAGAAAGAUGCUGAGGCCAAGCUGACUGAAUCUGGUGAGCAAGUAUCUGAGCCACUUCAGUCCUCCACCGAGUCCACAGAUGCGGCAAGACCUGACAGCGGACCAUCGUCACCGGAGGAAUCAGGAGAGCACACCAUCGAAGCAGAAACCACACAGGCUGAGUCCACCCAAGAACCAGAAAGUGAAGUAGCUUCUGACGGGGAGAAGAAAAAAGAGGGCAUCAUCGCUUGGUCUUCCUUCAAGAAACUGGUGACACCCAAGAAGCGUGUUAAGAGACCUUCUGAGAGUGAUGAUGAAGCCACUAGUGAGAAAGCAGCCAAGUCAGCGACGUUGUCUUCUUCUGAGAGUGCUCCCCUGGCAGAUAAGAGCGUGGAGGAAGAAGCCAAAGAAGAUAAACCCUCCGAAGAAGAGGAGAAGACAGAAAGUGCAGAGAAACUGGUCAGCAGCACAGAGGAGCCCAAAAAGAAAAUGGACACCUCAGUUUCUUGGGAAGCGCUGAUGUGUAUGGGUGGACCCAAAAAGAGAACCAGGAAGACAUCGGAUUCUGAUGACGAGGAGACCAACAUCGCAGAGGAGGGUGCUGCACCAGAUGCAGGUGAGGACGAGAAGCAGGACAAAACCCAGGCAGCUGUGGAGAACCCUGAAAAUGUUGAAGGUGAAGUAGAAGCUUCUUCCUCUCCAGAAGCUCUGAGCCCCCCCGAGAGGGAGUCUGCGUGGGACACCUUGAAACGCAUGGUUAUGCCAAAGAGUAAGACCAAAGUUGAGGAGAAGACAGAGGAGAGCACAGAGCAGGUCCAGUCUGAAAGUGAAGCACCAAAAGAUGAGUCCUCCUUCUCCUUGAGGAAGUUAUUCCCUGGUCUCAGAAAGAAGAAGGUAGAAAAACAAUCUUCUACUGAGGGUGAGGAUGACACCCCAGCCGUGGUUCCUCUCUCGGAGUUUGACGCACAACCUGAAGAUGCGCAGGAACAACCCAUAGAGGUCGCCGGAACCGCAUGUCAAGUGUCUUCCUCGGAGAGAGCCCCUUCAUGGAUCCCAGCUUCGGUGGAACAUGGAGAUCAGCUGAGUGACAUCACAGAGGAAGCAGCCACGCCCAAGUCCGUGGACACUGACAUCGCGGAGGAUGAAUCCGAAAACCAAACCGCUCUGCAAGUAUCCACAGCUGAGGUCGCUCAAGCUUCUCCCUCAGAAACCACCCGUGAUCUUGAGGCACCCACGUCAGAAAACGCCCAGGAAGAUCUUGCAGGUAUGGAGGCUGAAAUCAGUCAAGUUGCACCUGUGACAUCUGUGAUCAGUGAAGAUGUACCAGUGGAGGCCGCCUUAGAAAAAACGGAGAUUGAACCAACGGUUGAGCAUGCUGACUCCAAGACCAACACCAUCCUGGAGCCACAUGUUCACGACGAAGCCACGGCGAUCUGCACCGGCCUGGAAACCAAUGAGAUUGCUGAAAUGGUUGUGGAGGAACCUGCCACGCCCAUCGUAGAGUCUGUUGCUGUGGUCAGCAACGCUGAUGGCACGGAGGUCUCACUGGAAGAACCUUCACUAAAAACAGAGGAGGCCAUUGUUACAGAAGAUCCACCUUUGACUGCACAAGUCCAACAAAUAAAAACAACCAAGGUUGAGUUCAUCGAAAGUUCUGAAAACCGAAUCCCUGACACUCAGACCGCGAGAGAGAGCUGUGAACCUGAGCCUCCAAGCAUCAGCGCCGUCACCUCCGCCGUCCAGACCGCCAUCAUAGCCGACGACACUCCCAUCAAUACCGUUGAAAUCGCAGUCUUAUCUCAGACCGAGGAGACCGAAACCGACAAGGAGACCACAGACGUGGAGCAACAAAUUGCAAGUGAAGUCGUAUCCGCAAGCGAGGAAGUAUGCGUCAUCAAAGAAACCGUCGUCCUCGUCAGCUCCAUGAGUCCAGACCAAAUGGACGCCGAGCCCCUGGCAGAUGACACCAAUCAAAUCGAGGUCCAGAGUAUGGUCAUCGCCCAGACGGUCCUUCAAGAUGCCAUGGAUAAAGUUGCAGAACAACCAACCACCCCAGAAGCUUCCAGUCCAACUCCAUCCCAGGCCGUUGCCGCUACUGAAAAGGAGCUAGAGAUCCAGACCCCCGUCAUCACUGACACGCCCACCCCCGUCUUAUGUGAGAAACCAGCACAGAAGCCGAUUUUUGUUGCCACGCAAUGCGAAACCAUCCCCAUAGAGGUCGCGGAGAUCCUUGAUACCUCUGAGAACAAGAAACCACAGGAAAGUUUGAAGAAAGCUGCAGAAGAAAGUGGAGAAACCAUCAUGGAAGAAGUCGUAGAGAUCAUCAGCCCUCUACAGACUGAUGACAAACUGGACGAGGAGGAGCCGGAAGACGAGAAACUCCGACCAGAGGAGAAAGCGAUGCACCUGCCCGUCCAGGUGGUCCUGCAGGCCGGGCAGGAAGUCGAGGAAGAGUCCAUCAAAGAGGAGGCAGUGGAGGAAUUCGACACCAACGGCCUCAUGGAGAACGGCGCCGCGGCAGAAGCGACGUCGGAAGCGGAGGGGGAGAGAGCGACAUCGGGAAAGUGUGCGGCGGUGAUGGCGCAGGUGAUGGAGGUGAUCGAGGAGGCGGUGAAGGAGAUCGAACCCGUGUCCACAGAGGUCACGCCAGCAUCGUGAGCAGAUGAGAAGAUGCAGUGAUGUUGCCUGGGAGACGCACCGUCUACACCAGGACGAGGGUGACGAGAACAAGAGAGGACAAAAAAAAAUGUUCGGUGCUAACGCAGACACCGAGACACUGAGACUGGGCUCCACUCCUUCUGCCCCGAGAGAGAGACUGAGUAAUCCUCUCAUCCUUCCAUCCAUCCAUCCAACCAAGCCCACCCACCCAGCAUCCAGCAGUGUCUCAGUGACCUCUUCUAUUGCUGUAAUGACGCAAGCAUCACCCACCUGGACGAGUGUUUACCUGCGUGAGUGUGAGUGUGUGAUCUGUAUAGGUGUCAGAGUAUAUCGAAAGGUAAACAGAUUGAGGAUUAUUACCUUGUAUAUUGUAUUUAUAUCCAAUAUUCUUUCAGUUGCCCUUUAUUUUUUUCCAUUUUGAGCCCUAUUUUGUGUUUUUUCCCCCCCUUAAGAUAAUGCAAACAAUGUGAGCAACAACAACAUUACCAAAGCAAAUUGUUGCAUAUAAGGACUGAUGUCUUGCAUGGUUUUGUAGCAGCCAUGGUACAAACUGUGAUUCCCAUACCACAAAACUCCCAAAUUACAGCGUUUUGGGAGUUAUUUUUUUCACUUUUUAAUGUAUAUAAGAAAAACAUAAGCUGCCUAAUUUACUGUGAAACAUUAUUUCUUAUAAUAAUACAAAAACAUGCUGUUUUAUCGAGUGAGUGUCACUCACUUUGCUUCAUCCGGUUUAGCUGGUGAAAUUGCGCCCUCUAGUGGCUGUAGACAGUAGUGCGUGAAUUAUUUUUGACUUGACGCUAUUUUUUCUCUCCAUCAAAUAACACAUUAGUACCAAGUAAAUCAAUCAGUUGCUGUAUCAAUCCUUGAUUUUUGUACAAAAAACAAUCUGAACAAAACUGCAUUGACUUAGUGGAUCUCAGCAACUUGUAGCUUUUUUGUAACACACUUUAACUGUGGAGCCUGUUAACAUUUGUACAGAUUGUAUGUAUGCCCUUGUACCGUAUGUACGUAUUGUUAUAAUAACUAAUCUCCUUCCGACAGCCAAGUUCAACUGUAAUAAUCAUGUAAGCAUGGUUUUAACUGUCUUUUAUAUUUCCAAGCUGUUCAUAGUAACGAUACAGAACCUUGUCUAUAUUUCAUUCAAUAAAGUUGGAGAGGGGAGGAAGAAGUGUCUU